AUGCACACAACCCCAAGGGACACCAUCUGUAACAUUGUCAUUAGCAAUGAAUCCUUUCUUCGGAGCCAGCCAGUUAUUUUCAAUCCAGAUUUCUUUGUGAAAAAGUUGAAACAUGAAAAGCCCGAUGUAUUUAUGAAAUUGGUUGUCAGCAACAUUACAUGGUUAAUUGAUCUGCCUGGGAAUGAGUUUGCAGAGCUGAUAGGCGAAGAAGACCCAAAACAGUCUGUUUCUUCAUAUUCAACUGUGUUCUUUCGCACCUUUAGCUUUUUAAAAUGUAAAGAAAAAGGAGUAAUAUUUGGAACACCAUUGACAGAAGAAGGCAUUGCUCAGAUUUAUCAGCUGACUGAGUAUCUUCAUAAAAAUCUGCAUUUGGAGGGACUAUUCCGAGUUCCUGGAAACAGCAUCAGACAACAGAUUCUGAAUGCCCUUAACAAUGGGCUUGAUGUAGAUUUGGAUGCUGGUGACUUUCACCCAAAUGACGUAGCAACAGUACUCAAGACAUUUCUGGGGGAGUUACCAGAGCCAUUGUUAAUGCAUAAACAUUAUCACGUCCAUCUCAAAAUUACUGAUCUGAAGAAAUUUGAUGAUAAAGGGAACAAGACAAACACACCUGACAAGGAGUGCCAGAUGGAGGCUCUGCAGCUGCUCUUCCUGCUACUUCCACCACCCAAUCGCAACUUCUUGAAACUUCUGCUGGACCUCCUGUAUCACACGGCCAAGCAAUGGGACAAGAAUAAGAUGUCUGCUCACAACCUGGCUCUUAUGUUUGCUCUACACAUUUUGUGGCCCAAAAAUGUAAGGAAGGAUUGCUGUAUUCUUAAUUAA